GUCGCUCGCAACAACCCGCUGCUGCCUGCAGAGCACACGAUGAGCGAGCCGCCUGUCGUGGUCAACGCGCCCGCGCCGCCGGAGCGCAUGAGCUCGAGCUCAACUGAGGGCUCCUCCGACUCCGACUACGUGCGCGAUGCCGCCACGGGAAAUGUCCACAACCGCGGUCUUGGCGGCCUGCCCAUGGACGAGGGCCAGUAUCAAUUUGCGCCGCCCGUGCAGCCCAUGAGCAGUGCGGCCGACGAGGUGCCUCCGCUGCCCUACAGCUACAGCACGCAGAGCCCCCAGGGCACUCGCAACAUCCGCAUCAUGACGGCCGACCUGCCGCCGCCAGCCGCCCACAGCCAGCUCGCCGCUGGCAGCAGCACCGCUGCACGCCCGCCUCGCCCGGGCGCCGUCAGGACGCCCUCGAAUGCAUACAACCCGGCCCGCCACCCGCAGCAGUUCUCGCUCAACAGCACCGCCUCGCACCGCGGGCGCAACAGCUCGGCCACGCGCUCGCGGCGCAACCCCAACGCCGACUACCGCGCGCAGGAGAAGGCGUACGUGCAGCGCAUCCGGCAGGAGAACGAGCAGGAUGACUACGCCUUCGACUCGGCCAUGCGCACCCCGAGCCUGGGCUACAGCACCGACAGCGAGACGGACGAAGAGUCGCCGUCGACGGCCGAGUACGCCGAGAACGACCCGUACGACCAGGAGACGCUGCUGUACUACGGCAACGACGACAUGCAGCCGUCCAUCGAGGAGCUCAAGAUCCCCGAGAACCGCGAGCGGCUCGAGUGGCACUCGAUGCUGGCCAGCGUGCUCACCGGCGACGUCGUCAAGCAGGAGAAGAAGCGGCUGAUCGGCAGCACCGAGCAGCAGGGCGACAGCACCCUCAAGGCCGAGAUCUGGAUGGGCAUCCGCGCGCGAGUCUGCGGCCGCUCGCUGCAGGCCCAGCGCCGCAUCGUCGACGACGCCCGCGGCAAGAUCAAGGGCCUGCUCGAGAGCAUCAUCUCCUUCGAGGUCGAGGGCGCCGCCGAGGCCGGGCAGACGCCCCAGCAGCAGGUCCAGGACGUGGUCAAGAAGAUCGAGAAGAUCGAGAGCGUCUACCCUACGCGCCAGGCUCUCGAGGCCGCCUAUCCCCGCGCCGCUUCCGAGGCCUACAAGGCUGCCUGCGACGCCGUCAUUGCCUGGGACAACACCACCGUCCUCAUCAACACCGAGAUGGCCAUUCUGAAGAUGUGGGUCGGCAACGAGGAGCUCGACUUCACCAAGCCGCGGCCGCGCUCGUCGCACGACCACCAUCUGACCGACGAGUCUUCGUUCAUCGACCGCAUACUCAAGGAGGACGGUCUCAAGUCGCUGCAGGGCGAGACCAACCUGCUCAUCCCGCUCGAGAAUGUCAUCCAGAAGGCCAAGAGCACCCUGAUCACCAACGCCGAGAGCUUUGCCGAGCGCCAUUUGCCGCCGUACAUCGAGGAGCUUCUCACCCUCAUCAACUUCCCCUCGCGCCUGCUCCAGGAGAUCAUCCGCGUCCGGCUAUCUUACGCCAAGAAGAUCAAGGACCCUUCGCAGCAGGGCGUCAUGAUGGCCGAGCAGAUGAUUGCGCAGUUCCAGAUCUUGCUGCGCAUGGCAGGACAGGUCAAGGAGAGCUACCUGGUCAUCUCGCGGCCCGAGCCAGGCUGGGACCUUCCUCCAUGCAUCGAGGAGAACUUCGACAACGUUGUACUCGACGCGUUGAAGUUCUACUUCAGGAUGCUCAACGGGAAGCUGGCUGCUAACAAGAACACGUUCAAGGAGGCUGAGAUCCUGGAGCAGGAGUGGGACUUCUGCAACAGGCUCGGCAGACAACUCCAAGGUGGCGAUGUCGAGACUGCUGAGCAGUUUAGUAUCCUCACGUCCAAGUCGCUCACUCGCCUGAGCGCCCACUUCGAGCGAGAGCUGCAGCGCCGCCCGGACGAACUCACCGGCGCUGAGAUGGAGAAACGGUACAAACAAAUCCUCGACUCUGUCCGUGUCCGCCAACGUAAGCUGUUCCGUUUCUCGAGGAUCCUGACGCAGCGAUUCGAGAACUGUACCGAGUACAACAUCAACCACAUUGACCUCGACGACGAGCAACUGAGUGAUUUGUACGAGUCGCUGAUCAUCAACGGGCACUUCCUUGUCGAGACUACUGGCGCCAACAACACGGGUGUCUACAUCAUUGCAUCGCCCACGCUGGAGAACCGUCCCAAGGACAUUCAGUCCCUGCUCACCACCUGCUACCACGCUGAGGAAGGCCCCGAAGAUCCAACGAACCCGUAUGUCUUGAUCAUCAGGCCGGAACAUGCACUUUACUGGUCUGGCAAGAAGAUGUCUGGCAACAUUCACGAACCGCACCUUGAUCUGAAGCCGGGGAGGUUACGGCUGGUCGCAGAUGGCUCUCAGCAACGCCUUGCCAAUGCCAACGCUUCUUUCCUCCAGGCCAUCGGCAUGGACCUGAACACGCUCAUUGAUCAAAGGGCCAACCUGCCCCGUGUCAACUCUGAGCUGCAGAAGAUCAAGAAGACGGCGUACAAGCUGUCAAACACUAUCAUGGACAGUGUCGAGAUUGUGCGCAAGCAGACUGUUGGUCUCGAUUGCCAGGACCUCAUUCAGACUUGUUUUGCUUUCGCGACGGAAUUCGGUCAGCGUUCCGUGCUGUACAUGGACUACAACCGUCGGGCCAUGAACAACAUAAAACUGACUAGGCUGGCGCUGGAUUGGGUCAGCUUCAUCUGCGAUGACUGCGUCGCCUCGGAUCGAAAGACUUUCCGGUGGGCCGUCGUGGCGCUGGAGUUCGCCAUGAUGAUGACUCGUGGCCAGAACAUCCUUUCCAUCAGCGACGAGGAGUACACGAAGCUGCGCGCAAAGGUAGCAGGUUGCAUGUCCGUCUUAAUCUCGCAUUUUGACAUCAUGGGUGCAAGAUCGACCAUUGCUGCACAAGCCGAGAGGCAGCGACUCAACGCCAUCGCCGGCAAGAGCCUUCUGGAUCCAAAGAACUCCAAGGACGACGAAGAGUCGAUCGAGAUGACGCAGGCGCAGUGGAUGCUGAAACUCGAAGAGAUCGACGCGUUCAGAAAAGAGAAGGAGGCUGAACGGCAGGCUCUGGGCAGAGUGCUCGAAGAUUCUAAUGAGGCCGAUCGCGCACUCACCUACCUGUCGUCUUCAGCAACCAACGUCACCCUCCGAUGGCAGCAGGGCCAGUUCGUGGGUGGAGGUACAUUUGGUUCCGUCUAUGCUGCUAUGAACCUUGACUCUGGUCACCUCAUGGCUGUCAAGGAGAUCCGCCUCCAGGAUCCCCAGCUCAUUCCCACUAUUGUUGCGCAGAUCAAGGACGAGAUGGGCGUACUGCAGGUGCUUGACCACCCCAACAUCGUCUCGUACUACGGUAUCGAGCCCCAUAGAGACAAGGUUUACAUCUUCAUGGAAUACUGCUCUGGUGGGUCUCUCGCUGGCCUGCUCGAGCACGGCCGUAUUGAGGACGAGACUGUAAUUAUGGUAUACGCGCUGCAGAUGUUGGAGGGCCUUGCAUAUCUCCACGAAGCAAGGGUCGUCCACCGUGACAUCAAGCCCGAAAAUAUCCUCCUCGACCACAAUGGUGUCAUCAAGUUCGUCGAUUUUGGCGCUGCCAAGCUCAUCGCCCGCCAGGGUAGGACCCUUGCCGUUGACAAUACCACGCGCCGCGGCAAUCAAGGCUCCAUGACCGGCACGCCAAUGUACAUGUCUCCUGAAGUCAUCAAGGGCGGUAGCACUGGCCGCCACGGCGCUGUCGACAUCUGGUCUCUGGGCUGUGUCAUUCUCGAAAUGGCAACCGGCCGCCGUCCAUGGGCAUCCAUGGACAACGAGUGGGCCAUCAUGUACCACAUUGCGCAGGGAGAUCCACCACAGCUUCCCACACGCGACCAGCUCAGCGAGCAGGGCAUUGAUUUCUUGAUGAAGUGUUUCGACCGCGAUCCGAACAAGCGUGCCAGCGCCGUUGAACUGCUCCAACACGAAUGGAUCAUGACGCUGCGCGCACAGCUCAGUCUCGAGCCGCAGACGCCAAGCACGGAGACGGGGAGCCUGAGUGCAAGCAGCAGUAGGCAUAACUCCAACUACGGCUAGGCCUCUGCAGAUUCAUCCUCUUCCGUCCGCUUGUUUGUGGAUCUCAGCUAAUGCAGAUGACCAAGCAGGUGAUAUUGCACGCCGUCUUUCGUUCACCUGCCGUCGCUCCUCGACACAGAGCACGACAGCCAUGUGCGUGUGGCCGCUCUCGCCACUGCCUGCUUCAGAUGAAGACGGGCCAUUCUUUCCCGGCUGCGGCCUCUCGCGCCAAAACAGUUUUUCCGAACCUUAAAAUUUGUACUUUCCGUAUUGUUGUAAUGUACAUACACCGUCCUUCAUUGUUAUUAGAGGGGCCUUUCCUUACGUAUACGUAUACCCCACACUCGGAUGGGAUGGCAUAAUUGGCGUUGUUGCAUUAGCGCUGGAGUUCACACUGUUGGCUGUGUGAACGGUAUCGACAGCCAGAGUCCGAGUAGUGUUUGGAACUGGUACAUAGUGACAAUUGCCGGCUGAUGAGCUUGGCUUGAU